UUUUGACUUUGUAGUUGGAACAAAUGUUGGUGACAUAAGCAUUUGGGAGGUUGGUUCACUGGAAAGGUUAGCACAUAAGAACUUCAAUAUGUGGAAUCUCUCAGCAUGUUCAAUGCCUUUACAGACAGCUUUGGUGAAAGAUGCAACUGUAUCUGUCAAUCGAUGUGUAUGGGGACCAGAUGGAGCUAUACUUGGUGUCGCUUUCUCCAAGCAUAUAAUUCAAAUGUAUACAUACAGUUCAUCAGGAGAGUUGAGACAGCAUUUAGAAAUUGAAGCUCAUAUUGGCGGGGUUAAUGAUAUUGCCUUUGCAUAUCCUAAUAAGCAACUCUGCGUAGUGACGUGUGGUGAUGACAGGUUAAUCAAGGUUUGGGAUGCUAUAGCUGGUCGUAGACAGUACACAUUUGAAGGGCAUGGAGCUCCAGUUUAUUCUGUUUGCCCGCACUAUAAAGAGAGCAUUCAGUUCAUAUUUUCCACUGCAAUUGAUGGUAAAAUAAAAGCUUGGCUUUUUGAUUGCAUGGGGUCACGAGUGGAUUAUGAUGCACCUGGACUUUGGUGCACAACAAUGGUGUAUAGUGCUGAUGGUACUAGACUCUUCUCAUGUGGAACAAGUAAAGAAGGGGAAUCGUACCUUGUUGAGUGGAACGAGAGUGAGGGAACUAUCAAGAGGAUGUACACUGGUUUCAAGAAGCGUUCUUUAGGAGUUGUGCAAUUUGACACAACAAGAAACCGUUUCCUAGCCGCUGGAGAUGAGUUUCAAAUAAAGUUUUGGGAAAUGGACAGUAUAAACAUGGUUGCAUUUACCGAUGCUGAUGGUGGAUUGCCUGCUAGCCCUAGACUAAGGUUCAAUAAGGAAGGGUCUUUACUUGCUGUUACAACCAUUGACAAUGGAAUCAAAAUCUUAGCAAAUAAUGAUGGGCAGAGUGUGCUUGAGAUGUUUGAGAAUAGGCAACUUGAGGGUACUCGUGGUCUUUCUGAAGUUGCCAAUAUAAAGGCAAUAGCUCCAAUGCUGGAACGCGCUGAGAGAAUUCAACAAUCCAUGUCCAUAGGCAAUCCGGCCACCAUUGAAAGCAGCAUGCUCUCUGAUGCAAAACCUAGGACUGUAGACAAUGCUGACAAAGCUAAAAGCUGGAAGUUUCCGGACAUAACUGACUCUUCUAAACUUAAGUCUUUAAAAUUGCCUGAUCCACUAACUGCAAGCAAGGUUGUGCGGCUGCUCUAUACAAGUACUGGACUUAUGUUGCUGGCAUUAUGUUCCAAUGGGGUUCAUAAGCUUUGGAGGUGGCCCCAAAGUGAGCGUAACCCAUCUGGAAAGUCAUCUGCUUCGAUUGUACCACUCUUAUGGCAGCCUAACAGUGGAGCUCUCAUGUCAAAUGAUCUAAGUGAUGUAAAAUUAGUUGAAGAGCGUGCUUCAUGCAUUGCUUUAUCUAAGAAUGAUUCCUAUGUCAUGUCUGCUUCUGGUGGGAAAGUUUCCCUGUUUAACAUGAUGUCCUCUAAGGUCAUGAAGACUUUCAUGCCACCACCUCCUGCUGCCACCUAUUUGGCAUUUCACCCUCAGGACAAUAAUGUUAUUGCUGUGGGGAUGGAGGACUCCACCAUACAUAUAUAUAAUGCCAGGGUUGAUAAGCUUAACAUAAAGCUCAAGGGUCAUCAGAAACGGAUCACAGGGCUUGCAUUUUCUCAGAGUUUGAAUGUUCUGAUUUCUUCAGGAGCAGAUGCGCAGCUAUGUAUCUGGAACAUGGAUGGAUGGGAAAAGAAAAAGUCAAGGGUCAUACAGGCAGCCCCUGGACACCCCACUCCCCCGGUUGGAGAAACAAGGGUUCAAUUCCGUAAUGAUCAAUCACACAUCCUCGUAGUUCAUGAAAGCCAGAUUUCUAUUUAUGAUACUCAACUCGAGUCUAUGCGUUCAUGGUACCCGAGAGAUUCACUUGCUGCGUCUAUUUCAAGUGCAACAUAUUCAUGUGAUGGUACGUUGGUGUUAGCUGGAUUCUCUGAUGGUGCAAUUGGUAUAUUUGAUGCAGACAGUUUAGGACUUCGGUGUCAAAUUGCAUCUUCUGCUUAUAUUUCUACAUCUAUUGGCAGCAGUGGCACCUACCCUGUAGUGAUUGCCGCACACCCGGAAGACCCGUACCAAUUUGCUCUGGGGAUGAGUGAUGGUACAGUAUAUGUGAUCGAACCGUCAGAUGCAGAGCCGAAGUGGGGUAGGUCCUCUCAAGACAAUGGAUCUUUGCUUUCCAUUCACUCAAGUUCUGCAUUGAAUAGUCAGCCAUGUGAAACUCCUAGGUGAUAUAUACAAUUAUACUCUUAUACAUCAUACGAGGCAUGCUUCAACUAAAAACCGCUUUCUUGUAAAUAUACCUAUGCCUCAAUUUUUUCCCCUCAGCUAGGGUAAUUCUUUAGGAAGACUCUGUACAUUCGUGCCCCAAAUUGCUAAAAUUCACCUCGCUUCAUUCUGGUUUU